AUGUCUCGGAAAGGACAAUCAGUGAUUGGUGAAGAGGAGGAGAUCCUAAAAUCCAUAAAUAAGGAUGACAAAUCGAUGAUCUCUGAGAACAAGAAAGAAGAGGAGAUUGGGAAUGGAGAAAAGUCAGAGAAGGAGAAAGAUUCGUCAAACAAUGUGUUAGAUGAAAUAGAGCAAAUUAUAGCGAAUGAUGCUGGCUUCUGCACUAAUUUGUAAUUAAUUCCAACCAUAUUUAGUAUGCUACUAAUAAUCUAUGUCGUUUUGAUAAUUCAAAUUUAUUUAGAAUAUCGUAUCCCUGAAGUGCAUGAGACUAGAUAGAGUAUCUAGAAGUACAUAAAUCAGAGAAUUACAACUUAAUUGCAUGAGAUACAAGAUGUUCCCAUUAUCUAUAGUGAGUACCUCGAAAAAAUUAUUUAUUUUAUGCAUGAUCAUUCUGAGGAUCGGAACCGGUUUAGUCUUUUGUAUAAUCCUUAAAUUGAGAAUUCAAGUCAAUAUAACGAGAGUUAAUAUAUAUUUUUGGAAAACUAUAAUUACUAUCUUUGUAGUGUAGUCACCUUUACACUCAAGCAUGUGGAUUAAGAUUUGGAAUCAGAUGAAUUUGUCAGGAAAAUAAUUGGAAUACAGAAUACUGAUAUUUACACAAUGGCAGAUAAUAUGUUGAAACAACAAUGGGAUAUGAACUUUGCUAAUUAAAUCGACAUGUCUACAAUUGAUAAAAAGUUUUUACCCAACAUAUCCGUUGAAUGUAAUAUAUUAAUUAACUCAAUCUUAGAAUCUGAAGGCUCUUUUUAAACCAAAAUAUUCUUUACUAAUACAAUGGAACAAGCGUUUGCUUCUGAAAUGUUAUCAAUUGUUGAAAGUCAAUUUCAGUUCUCCUCUCUUUUCAAUCUAAAACAUGACAUUUAUAUUAUCAAUCCUUUGACAGAAGUAAUUCUAAAACUUUCGAAUUAAUUUGACAUUAGUAACCAAGGCAGAAUUUAAUAUCAAUAAGUUAUAGAUUACGGAGUCUAUUAUUAUCAGGGGAGUAAUGUGCAAUCAAAUGUCGUGUUCGGUAUAGUCACGAAGUCAUUGUUUGCAGCUGUGGUGUUCUUUUAAAUAGUUUACACAAUUGGGAAGAGAAUAUUUUUCAUGGUUAUUAAAUUUUUAUCAACCAGAAUAUUUGAAUUUGAGUUUGACUUACUUUUCAUUACAGCGUAAAGAACAUUAAACUUCAUUUACAUCAUUGUAUGGUUUUUAAUGUUUUCACAAUUUUAAGAAAUUUCAAUCACUCCUCAAAUCACUCAAGAACAAAUAGUAGGUCUAGAUAACUAUCUGUAAAAUUCGAAUACCUAUCAAUUAUUUGCCAUCACAACUUUCAUUAUAACCAUUUAUGAUAUAAUCAAGAUUAUGUCAUCAUUCUUUCCUACUUUUGGUGUCUUAAUGUAUACAUUUAGUGUGGCUGGGAAGGACAUGCUCAUUUUCAUUUCGUUCACAGCAAUGGCCUUAAUUAGUUUUAUUAUGAUAUCCAAUGUAAUCUUUGGGCCUUUGAAUGAUGAAAUAGCUACAUUAGGUAAUGCAGCCUACUUAUGUUUUGAAUUUUUUUGCGGUAACUUUAAAUUUGCCUUUCUUGAAUCAAUAGUUCCAGGCAUAGGAUUCGUUUACUCUCUCCUCUUUUUCAUAGCAUUUAAUCUUAUCCUACUCCCCUAUUUUUAUGGAAUCAUUAUUUUAACUUAUGGACAACUAAGACAAAAAUUGCAACUCACUACUUAAGCUUUGGCUGAAAUAGCUGCAGAUAAAUCUACUGCUGCUACCAUGAAAUGGAUUAAUCUGAUAUUCUUCGUGCCUCCAGUAACUGAGGAACAAUAAUUAAGGGAAAAACAGAAAAAGGAAGAGGCAGAAAGAAAAAAGAAAGAGGAGGAAGAAUCAAAGAAGAAGAAAAAAACUAAAACUCCAUUGUCUUCAGGAUAACCACCCUUAUCUGAUUAAAAAUCUAUUAAAUCUGGUAUUUCGAUAAAAUCAGCCAGACCAGAUUAAAUUAGAGGUUUAUUAAAGAAGAAGAAUGACGAUGCCUCAUCUCCUUAAAAAGCACAACCUAACGCGGCUAAACCUGAGGAACCCAAAGAAAAGGAGAAAGAAUUAACCCUGAAGGAAAUUUUUAUGUACAAUUUUCAAUAGUUGGAUAUUAAGAAUGUCGUGAUGAAUUUCAUAGGGUUAGGAUAGGAGGAUCUAUUAACAAAAUAAUAAAGAAUCAAGGAGAUCAACGAUAAGAAGGAGGAAAUUAUAAAAAGGUAGGCUGAUAACAGAAAAGAGAUGAAGGAAAUGAAAGAGAAAAAUCUAUUUACCAAUUUAAAAGAUGGAUUUUUACAUAUCAUAUUUUUGAUUUUCCUGAUCAUUGGAUUUUAAAAUUAAACUCUUAAAUCAAGCACAUUUAAUCAAGAAUAUUACAUCAAAUCUUUUUUUGAUUCUAGUUUAUUCCCAGGAGUGAAACACUUCAAAAGUCAUGAUAUCAUACUUGAUGAUGUAGAAUCCUCUAGGGAUAUCGACAGUUAUAUUAAAAACGUUAUCUUUAGUACUGCCGGGGAUGAUUACGAUAAUAAUUAUAGCAAAGAAUAGCUAAGAGAUUUUGAUGUUUUUGUUGGUUAUUCUCCUGUAAGAAUGACGAUUAGGUUAUAUGAAGGAUUGAAUGUUAAUUUCUUCACCGAAAACAAAGAUUUAGAGUUUAGAGGUAGGUCUUCUUCAGACUUUUCACCCUUUUCUGGAGAGUCUUCUGGAGAGAAAAUGGAAAAUCUUUAUAAGAGUGGGAUAGAGUAUCAAUACAGAGGAAAAAAAAACCCAAGUGCUGCAUACUAAGCAGGAGGGUAUACAUUCCAAUUUUAGAGUGAAAUCAGUGGGGCUGUAGAACAAUAUUAAAAAAUACAAUCUGAUAGUUUUUUUACAGUUUCGACUGGAAUAAUUAAUUGUGAAUUUAUCAUUUACAAUCCCCCAUAAGAUUUAUAUUCGUUUGUUACUGUGACAAUUUAUAUCAAGGCUACUGGCUAGAUAGAGCACAUUAUUACUUUGAAUGUACAAUUUUUGAUUUCAUUGCUUUAGACAUUUCCAAUAACUUUGUACUCUGGUAGUAGACUCACAAGAAUCGUUUUUGAAUUGAUUGUGCUGUAUUUUCACAUUAAAUUUUGGAAAAUGUUCUUAAAUCAAUGGAAAGAAGUUUGGAAUCAUCCAAGUGCAAUUGAAUUUACACCAUAUGAUUUACCUCCAGAAAGAAAGUUUUCAUUUGUAGAAAGACAUUUAAAUAUGGAUUUUUCAGACAAAAAGAAUGAUUAGAUAGUUAAUCUACUAUUUGGGAUAGGAAAGAGAAUUUAUGGAUUUAUUAUGCGUCUGCUGACGAGUCUUAAGCUUAUGGUUUAGCAGACAUUUUUCAAUAUCCUUUUAAUAACAGGCAUCUUGUUGAUGUUCAUUUAAAUAAUUUAUUGGCUUUAGAUUGUUUUCAAUUAACUAAGAAUGUCUUUUGAUUAUUAUGAAGGAUUUCUAUUUGCUGAUAAAGAACCACCUGGAAUGUUCAAUGACUUUUAAAAUCUUGCUUAAUUGUUCUAGUUAUACAAUACUAUGGCUUCAUUUAUCUUAUUCAAUGAAAUGAUAAGGAUAAUGGUUUACUUUUCAUUUUCUGCAAAAUUGAGUUUGGUUUUGGAUAUCAUCGCUAGUGCAAGUAUUGAUAUUGUAUUCUUCAUGAUUAUGUUUUGCUUGAUUGUUUUUGCCUUUGCUUGUGUUGGUGUCUUGAGUUUCGGUUAUGUAAAUGGAUCAUUUAGAGACCUAUAUUUGUCAGUCAUAUACUCUCUGCAGAUAGUAAGUUAGAAUGCUAAGAUGCACAAAUCAGAUGGAGAAAACUAUUAGGCAAGUGUCAUACUUUAUUAUUUCCUUAUUAAUAUUGUGAUCCUAUUGGUUUUGAUCAGAAUGCUUAUAGCUAUUUUAGAUGGACAUUUUAUAGAAAUAAAUAGUGAAUAAACAGAAAGAUUGGGUUUGGUAGAUACUAUUAUGAGUAUUUUGAGAAAUGAGUAUGAGAAAUUAAAGAAUGAAGAGGAUGAUGAUGAUGGAAAUAAUGAAAGAGAGGAUGAUGAAGAUAAAGUAUAUUCAGAGUGGGCAAUUUUGAAUUGGAUAUAUAAGUAAAUUCAUAUCAUUAAAGAUUUGACCUUGUUGGUUUAUGAAUAUGGAGAGUCAAAGUUUAAGGAAUAUAGAACAGUCUUAUUUGGAAUGCUUUUUGAGAAAGAUGACAACAAGAAGGUUAGUCGUAAGAGUAGUAUAAAUGAGGAAGGCGGAGAAGAUGACGAAGAGGAUGAUAAUAAAUUAAAAAUUGAAUUAGAUUUUGAUGAAGAUAAAAAUAUUACUGGAAAUAGAUAAAGAAUUGAAUCACUUGAAGAAAUCAAAAUAUAUAAUUCUGCAAAUGAGGCCAUAGCAAAUUUGUAAAAUUUGACUGGAAAGAAACUGGCAAGUGAGUAAUUCAAAACAACUCAAGUCUCAACCUGGAUAGCAGCAUUGGAAAAAGGUAUUUAAGAUAUUGCAUCAAAUCAAUUGAAUUUUCAAUAAUAUUAUACUCCAUAACCUAAUUAGAAAAUGGAUUGGAUCAUAUAAUUUUAAUUUCAUGACUUUGAAAAAAAAUACAAGGAUUUAGGAUUCGAAAUUCAUGGAGAUGAUUAAGGAGACUUUGCUCAAACCAUUAAAUAGGAUUAAUAUAUAGAAGCAACGCAUAAUCUUAUAGAGAAAAUUGAUACUUAGAUUUCUAAUCUUAAUAUCAAAUAAUUAGACACAUUUUAAAGUCUAAUUAGAUCUAUCGAUUUCUUAUUCUUUUUCUUCACUAAUAUUAUACUAGUGAAGAAUCCAGAAUAAUACUUAGAGAGAUAUUAAGUAAAAAUUUAAGAAUAGGAAAAAUUUAAAUAAAAAUAAAAAACACUCAAAUUAUAGUAAUAACAAUAAAAGGGCAAGGUGAAAUAGCCAAAACAACAUAAAGUUGAAUUUGACAUUUCCCUUUUAGAUAUUUCUAAUGAAGUCAGAUAUUUCGAUAUAGAUACUGAAAAGAUUUAAAGACAGGGAAGCAGAAAGAAAUCUGUCUUAAAAUCAAUGAAAUCAAUUAAAACUGUAAACAAUCAAUAGAAUAACCAAGUCAUUGAGAUACAAACUGAACCUAGCAAAUUUGCUAAAUUCAAUGCCGAACAUCUGAAAUCCAUGAAUGCUUAAUAAAUUAUCAGUGUAUUCAGUAAAUUGGUGUGUUUAUUCUAAAUAUGGUAAGAGUUAAAAUUGAAUGAGAAAAUUAUAUUGUGGUUUGGCAAUGUUCUUCAUACAAGUAAGAAAGAGAAACUAAAUGCUUAGCCUUAUUUUUGUAUUUAUCAUAAAAUAGCAUUUUGGAAUGAAGCAGGAUGGGACAAAAGAACCCUUCAAAGAAUUGCUGUAUCUUCUGAUGAUCACAAGAAACUCUAUGAUGACUAUAAGGAUUAAAAUAUAGUACCUGAAUUUUAGUUUAUAUAAUUUUGGGAUGUCUUAAGUAAAAUGUAGGUGAUUAAUUAAAAGUCUAAUGACAAGUAGGAUGGAGAUGAAGAAGCUGACGAAUCUAAUUAAACCGAUUUCUUACCCGUAAGCAGUGUACAAAUCUAAUUUGUGUAGUAAUUACUAAGAGGUAAAGGUUCAAAGGAUCUGCUAGUACAAGUGGAAAAUGCGAAUAGUUUGGAGAAGAAAUUCGCAAUAUUGAAAACUUCCCAUUUAUAAAAUGAUCAUAAAAUUAUCAUAUGGAUUUUAAUGAACCCUAUGGAGAAGAUGGAAAUGAUAUUACAAUAAGAGAAAAGGCAAUAAGUCUAAUUUAUGAUUUUGAUGUUGUUAGAAGAAUUGUAUGAUAAUUUCAUCAUGUUGGAAAAGAUAGAGAAAGAUUUCUUCAAUUAACUUAAUUCCAAGAUUUAUCUUUCAUUUCACAAUUUUGCAGAAUUUAAUGCAUUAUCUACUGCUCUUAACAUAAGGAAUAAGUAUACUCAAUAAUCAGUUAACGACGCCAAGGAUUACACGGAUUACAUAUAGUUUUUAGAACUUCAAUUGGCUAAUUCAAAUUAAGCAUUAGCUAAAUAUAGUGACUUCUUGAUUAAGGAGGUGAAGAAGGUUAAGAACAAGGGAUUGCUCAAAUCCAAUUUGGGUAAUUUAAUUAAAGGUUAAGGGUAACAAUAAUCAAGUAAGGAUGAUCAGGGAGAUUUCCAAUAACCGAUGUAACCAGGAGUUACUAAAACAAACUAAAAAUUAAAGUAAGUAACAAUAAGAGAGGAUGCUAACACUUGA